GCAUUACAUCGUUCUGACUGCCAGUGCCUCCACUGAAGAGAACCACUUGGAAUGGAUCGGACUGGUCGAGUCAAAGAUUCGGGUUCUGGUAGGAAACCUGGAGAGGAACGAGUUCAUCACUCUGGCUCACGUCAACCCUCAGUCCUUCCCAGGGUCCAAAGAAAGCAGCAAUGAGAACCGGUUUGUGUCCAUGUGGUUCAUUGGAAUCAUUUUCAAGAAGGUGGAGAACGCAGAGAGCGUCAACAUCGACCUGACCUUCGACAUCCAGUCCUUCACGGACACAGUGUACCGACAGGCGAACAACAUCAACAUGCUGAAGGACGGCAUGAAGAUCGAAGCGACGCAUGUGAAGAAGAAGCAGCUGCAUCAGUACCUGCCUGCUGAGCUGGUGCAGAGGAAGAAACGGAGCAUCGCUGAGCUGAACCGGAGCUCCAACAGUGACGGCUCCAAACGGAUCUCUCUGGACAGCAGCCACUUGGACAGCUCCAGAGACACGGACUCCGGGACCCCCUUCACCUCCCCGACCAGCAGAGCCCCCCAAGCAGCUGUUCCUGGAGGACUCCCCAGCACCGAGCUCCACAGAAACGGCUGUCAUCGGGUCAAAGAGCACGAUCAGUGCAAAGCCUCCAUCUCCACCAGCCAGCACCUCCCUGACUGAGACCAUGAAGCCCAGCGCAACCAGCAGCCCCAAGGAGGAGCCCAACGGCCUGGAGGACACCGAAAACGGGCCUCCUGCCAAGAGGCCACACUCCCCUACAGAGGAGGACUCAGCCAAGAGACACAAAGAUCCUGAAGAGACGUCUAAUGAGGUGUCUACGUUUAAGGAGCCAUUCCCACCGUCCUCAGACACGGCUCCUCAUGUCGAAGCCCUUAGUACUCCCCCUCAGGCUGGCUCCAAAGCAAAGCCCAUUCCAACCAUGGACAGCUCCAGAACUCAG